UGCUAAAUAAAUUUAUAAUACACUAAAAAGUUAUUUUAAUACUAAAAUAAAAUGAUUAAAAGAAAAUACAGAAAUUAAAAUGGAGUAGAUUACAUUUAAGGAAAGUUGAUAACGAUGCCAUAAACAAAUACAACUAGUAGUAGCUCUCUUGUUAUUAAAAAGGAUGAUAAAUAGAGCUUUGCUAGGGUAAUUAGAAUGCAAUCAGAAAAGAAAUUAACUAAUAAUGAUUCUUUCAGAUCUGAAAGUAGAUAAAAAUUAAUCAGAGAUGUAUACACCCCAAGUUAGAAAGAUAAGCUUAACUAAUCAAUAAGGAAACUUAACUCCUCUUAAUCUCGUUAAUCAGUCAAUAAUUCUUCACAAAAAAACGUUUUGUAUGGAAUGAAUAAAUCAUAAACAUAAAGAAAGUCCUCAGCAAAAGAGCAAGUUAGGAUGAUUUAAAAUAAUCUAGCUCCUCAAGAUAAAGAAUAGGAUAAAUAGUUUAAAAGUCUUUCCAAGCUAGUCGAUUAUAAUCUUUACAAAAAUUAAUCUUCAAAUGCAAACAGAUAGAGGAUUUUUGACUAGAAUAGAUCUCAAUUACAAGGAAGGUCAAGUAUGCAUGCUACCACAAAUUAAUCAAUAUUAAAGGUUUAGUAGUUAUAAAAUAAUUAAUCGAGUAAAACUACAUAUUAAAAUUAAAAAAAUUACCAUAACUAAAAUAAACCUUAGUUAAUUGAAAUUAAUGGAAAUUCAUCUAGUAUUCAUUUGAAAAACUAAUCUUUAGCUAUUUAAACAUCCAAGGCAUUAUCUAGUAAUUCAGGCAAUUUACCUUUACUCACAUCAAAAUCUAAUACUCUUGGAUCUCCCUCUUCUUAGCCGAAAACAUUCAGAUAUGGAACAGAGUCCGUCUAAAUAAAAGAAAAUAAAAUAAUUAGAUAAAAAGAUUAACCUCGAUAUAAUUAUCCUAAAAAAUAUGAAAAUAAAAUUGCAAAUUCACACUAAUUACCAUCAAAUCUUUAACCUAAAAGCAGAGCUAAUAAUAAUAAAAUGUAUUGA